UUGGUGGGAAAGGGCGUAGCCAGCCGACUCCGUAGAGAAACCAUGGUAAAAGACGAACAAGAGUCGUCCAACCGGCCUGACAACACUGCCUUCACUCAGCAGAGGCUUCCGGCAUGGCAGCCCAUGCUCUCGGCAGGCAUUGUUAUCCCUGGGUUUGUCCUCAUCGGUCUGGCAUUCAUUGGCAUUGGGGUCGCUCUCUUUGUCACCUCACAGGGCAUCCAGGUGUUGGAGAUAGACUAUACUGGGGUGGAACAAAAGUCCCCCUGCUUCAGGUGUGCUAACUCGAAUGAGAAAAACUGUGUGUGCAACCUGGAAUUCUCCAUCGACCGCCUGUUAAAGGGGCCUGUGUUCUUUUAUUAUGGCUUGACCAACUAUUUCCAGAACUACAGAAGGUACGGGGUGUCUAAAGACGAUAACCAGCUGUCCGGAGACCUGGAUUAUUUUCAAAGUCCCAGCGACACCUGUUCACCCUAUGAGUAUGACAACAACGUCCCAAUAGUUCCAUGUGGGUCAAUAGCAAAUAGCAUGUUCAAUGACACCUUCAAGCUGUAUCAAACCGUCAAUGGGGUGAAGAAGCAGGUGCCCCUUGAUGGAAAAGGAAUUGCUUGGUGGUCAGACUAUAAUAUCAAAUACAGAAACCCCAGUGUUACUCCUCUGAAGAAUGCUUUCAAUGGUACCGUGAAACCCAUAUUUUGGUCAAAGCCUGCUUAUGAGCUGGACCCCACAGACUCCACCAACAAUGGUUUCAUCAAUCAAGACUUCCUGGUAUGGAUGAGAAGGGCUGCGCUACCAGAUUUCAGAAAGCUGUAUCGACGAAUCACACAUGAAGAUUACAAAGAAGGCCUACCAGCUGGGAACUAUUCUCUUGAAAUUUCCUACAACUAUCCUGUCCUGAGCUUUGAUGGGAGAAAGAAAGUGGUGUUCAGCAAUGUGUCUUGGAUGGGUGGAAAGAAUGAGUUCCUGGGCAUUGCCUACCUUGUGAUUGGAUCCCUGUGUGUGUUCAUGUCCAUAGUCAUGCUAAUUGUCUAUGCUAAAUUCAAGUUUCCAGAAGAGGACUGAGUGCCUAAUUGGGGGUAUAGAUCUACUUUCUUCUUUUAACAUUUUUUUUUAUGGAAUUUGGACAGGGUAAGGGUUUACUAUUGUACAGGAGUUGAAGCUUGAACCUCAGGAGAGAUUGCAAAGUAAAAACUGGCUCUGAUUUUUAUACAACUUCUUAUCUGUCACCCAUCUGUGACAUCAGGUUUUCUCUGAGUGCAAACAGCUGCUAGUCAAAUUGUCAAAGGUUUGUUGGCAGCGAAAAACUGUCUUUCUUUGUAUUUAUUGAACUUAUGCUUCAUAAAUCCCCUUUAAAGCCAUUUAGUACUGUUACAUUAAAUGAUUGAGGGACACAUAACCAGCAACAAAGUGUUGUAGACGUUUUGAAUGUGUCAUUGUUACUCAGGGACAUUAUCUGCUAUGUAUGCUUUAAGUGGUUUUAACUAUGAUUAGUCUUUGAAACUUUUUACUGUAUCCUGAUAUCUAUUUAAUAAAAACACAAUGUCAUAGUGUCUCCUAUCUAUGUCUUUUUAAGACGCAUACAUACAGAAGAGGCAUAUUUUUUUAGUCAUUCUUACUAUGUUAGAUCCUUUGGGAAUUUGGUAUUUCUGUUAUGUUUUUACCUGUUGAAUAACGGCUGUCCAAUUUCACAUCUACGAUUAUGCAUUUGAAUUCUUCCACAAACCGUACAUCUCAUGGACUAUACCCAUUAUUCAAAUAAGCACUGUUUUGGGAAAGAUGUACAGCAAUGAAAUCAAUAAAACCAAAAAACCUGGACUUAGGUGGUGUUUUGUCUUUACAUUUUAACAACCAGUUUUACACCA